AUUUUUAUAAUGGAUUUAGAAAUAGUAAUAAAUUAUGAGGAAAACCAGCUGAUAGCGAAUGAUUUAUGUGAGUAAUUCGAUGAGUUGGAAGAAUAAAAUGAAAAAUAUCAUUUAUACAUGAAUCGAGGAUCUAGAAGAGAAAUGCUAGAUAGAGUAAGAUUUAACAAUUUAUUAUUCUUAGUACUAGAUUUUGAAUAAUCAUUAUGCAAUUUUUGAUGGGCAUAGAUCAUCUCAUGUUGUGGAUUAUUUACACCAGAAUUUGCUUCAGAGAUUACAAAAUGAGAUGUCAGAUGAGGAAUAUAAAAAAGGUAUUCCAAUAUCAUGUAUUUUUGUAGUGUUUAGAGAAAUUGACAAUAAUUUAACAUAGUACAUGGAAUCUGGGUCGGUUGCUAUAUUAUUGUCUAUUUAAAAUAAAACUGUUACAAUAACAAAUCUAGGAGAUUCUAAAGCUGUUGUAUUCCGAGAGAAUUCAUUUGAAUAAUUACAUUCUAUUCACAUUCCCUAAUGUAAAGAGGAAUAUUAGAGAAUAAUCAAAUUAGGAGGGUAUUACUAUUGUUUGUAUCUUUUUAGUUUGAUCACAAAGAGACAAAACAUCUUUCGAGUUUCUGGGUCCUUAACUGUUACAAGAUCAUUUGGAGAUUUUCAUCUUAAAAAGUAUAUUAUCAGCGAACCUGAAAUCUCUAGAUACUAGAUUACAGAAAGUGAUAAAUUCAUAGUUAUGGCGAGUGAUGGUUUCUGGGAUGUAAAUCAAUAGUAUUAAUUUUAGGAACUUUAGGAAUAAGAAGUUUUAUAGAUCAUUCAGAAACUUGAUCAAAACAAGAAUCUAGCUAAAUAGUUAUAUCAAGCAAUAUCAAGUGAUUAUAUUAGAGACAAUGUAACUAUAAUGGUAUUCCCAUUAUGAAUUUAAUUCAAUUCUGAUUAUUGUGUUUUUAUCUCUUC